GCGCGGCAGCGUGAGAUGCGCCAAGCAGCUGAUCUUGCGGUUUCGCUCAAGCAGGAGCAAGUACACCGCACCACCCUCGAGGUGGAGCUUGUAAACCAGCGCAGCCGCAUGGAGGAGUUGCAGCAAGAGCUCGUGCGCCUGCGGACUGCGAGUUCACAGCAGGUGCAUGCUGCUGAGCUCGAGCUGCAAAAGCUCAAGGCGGAGGUCGACCGGCGUCCGCCCUCCGUCAGGAGUGCACCAAGGUCGGCAAGAGCGGAAAGUGAGGCGAGCGUCAUCUCGACAGCUCGGAAGUCCUACUACGGAGCGGAGGAGAGCACCGUAUCUUUGCACCUGGCCCUUCACCAG